AUGGAGGACCAGCUGCUGUGCUGCGAGGUAGACUCCAUCCGGAGAGCCUACCAGGACGUCAACCUGCUCAACGACCGAGUUCUACACACCAUGCUGAAGGCAGAGGAAAACUACUUACCGUCGCCAAACUAUUUCAAGUGUGUUCAGAAAGAAAUUGUACCCAAAAUGAGGAAAAUAGUUGCCACCUGGAUGUUAGAGGUCUGCGAGGAACAGAAAUGUGAGGAGGAGGUUUUUCCACUGGCUAUGAACUAUUUGGACAGAUUUUUAUCCGUGGAAACCACCAGGAAAACAAGACUACAGCUGUUGGGAGCUACAUGUAUGUUUCUAGCAUCCAAGAUGAAAGAGACUGUACCCUUAACAGCAGAGAAGCUCUGCAUCUACACGGACAACUCCGUCCAGCCUGGAGAGCUGCUGCAAAUGGAGCUGCUGGUUCUCAACAAGCUGAAAUGGGAUCUGGCUUCAGUCACACCUCAAGACUUCAUUGAGCACUUCCUGUCCAAACUGAAGAUCUACCAGUCCACCAAGCAGAUCCUCAGGAAACACGCCCAGACCUUUGUGGCUCUCUGCGCUACAGAUGUCAACUUCAUUGCCAGUCCUCCAUCCAUGGUGGCGGCAGGCAGCGUGGUGGCGGCUGUUCAAGGUCUUUAUCUGAAGAGUCAAGAUGCCUCUUUGUCAUCACAGAACCUCACCAACUUCCUGUCACAGGUCAUUCGCAGUGAUCCGGACUGCUUACGGGCAUGUCAGGAGCAAAUAGAGUCUCUGCUGGAGUCCAGCCUGCGGCAGGCUCAGCAACACAGUAGCACAACAGAGACCAAACUUGUAGACGAGGAGGUGGACCUAUCCUGUACCCCAACAGAUGUCAGGGACAUCAACAUCUGAAUUGACUGAUGGCUAUGUCGCACGAUGAGCUGAUGCUUGAAGGAAAGUAGUCGACAGUGGGUGGUGAAGGAUGGGCUGGGGAGGAGGUGCCCCUUGCCCUUCUUUCUGGGGGGCUGCUAUAAUGGCUGACAUGCCACUCACAUGCUGUCCCAAACGACCGCCACGAUGGGACCAAGCGCACCCCUCCAGACCCACAACAAACCCCAAGUUACAUUUCUUGCCAGUGUCCUCUUCCAUGGCACAUUACAGAAGUGUAUAAGAGUGAAAAGAAACUAAAUACUGAUGGCCUGCAUGAGCUUCAGUUGAAGCCACAAACCAGACAUUUUAGUAGAUAUUUCUUGUUAUUCCUUCAAAUAUUAAACUAGGAAUCUUAAAAUUACCACAGACUCAUCUUUCCUAUUAAUACAUCCCAAAAUGUCAUGCACAGUACGUCCAUGUUGCUGUUUUCAGGUCUUUACCUGACAUCUGACUUUUAUCAGAAGAAGAGGAUUUUUUCACAUUUCUCCUCUGUGACAUGUAGAAUGAUUAGACUGUCUGUCCAAGCUCCCAUUUUUGUCUUGAUGCAUUGCAGACAUUCAUAAAUCCGUGUUUAUGUUAGUCACUUUAUUUUAUAUCAUUUUACACCUCUCCAUCAAUUAGUGUUACACCUCUUUUCUUUCAGGCUUUUUUGUUUUUUCAAACCAAGAUAUUGGGAGAUGCUCCAUUUAUUUAACCCUAGUGAUGGUGGACUGUUGAUGUAAAGGUUUGGGCAAAUGUGAUUCUUUGUACAUUCACAGCAUUCACUUUAACCAUUUCAGUUUGCUGUUAUUUUAUAAGAUCAAAUCGAUGCACAACUCAGCAGAGCA